AGUGGCGGCGUGUCUGCGGUGCGGUGUGUGUCUCUCUGGGGCGACCUGCGACAUGGAGGCGCGCGCGGCCUGAACAGCGCCGUCGGCGGGCGACCUCAGGCGCAGAGCGGGGAGGGGUCGAGGCAGGAAGUAUGUCUCUCUGCCACCAGGGAGCUGUGGCGGCGCUGCUGUGCGGCCUGGCAGGCGCCAUCAGCUUCUCGGUGCAGCUGCAGAUGCCGCGCUACGUGCUGACGGGCGACUCGGCCACGCUGCGCUGCGACCACAGCGUGGACCAGCUGCAGCUGCGCAAGGUGGAGUGGUUCAAGGGCGGCGCCAAGCUGUUCCAGUACGUGAAGGGCCGCACGCCGCCCUUCCGCAGCUACCGCACCCCGGGCGCCGAGCUAGACUGGAGCGACAGCGACGAGACCCGCGUGGUGCUGCGGAACCUGAGCCUCGAGGCGACUGGGCUGUAUUCCUGCGAGGUGUCGACGGAGACCCCCAUCUACACCAAGCCCUCCGACGACCAGGAGCUCACCGUGGUGGUGCCGCAGCGGAGCGACCCGGCGGUGAGCGUGCGGCGCGGCACGUACUCCACCGGCGACGUGCUGGAGGCCAACUGCACGUCGAGUCCGGCACGCCCCGUGCCGCACGUCGCGUGGUUCGUGGACGGCAAGAGGGUGAACGAGAGCCUCGUGCGCAUGGUCCCGGACCAGAGGAACAGCGUGACUGCCGCCAGGGACCAGCACCUGUCCUCGGCCACCGUGCAGCUGACCUUGCCCCUGGCGCGCCCCGGCGGCGGCACCCUGGAGCUGCUGUGUGUCUCCACGAUCCCCGCCUUCCAGCAGGCGGCGUCCUACGUCGACAACCGGUUCACGACCAUCGCAGUGGAGGUAGCGGCACCGCAGAAGUCCGCCGUGCGGAACACGAGCGCGGGGCAGCCCGCCGGCUCGCCCUGCUACCCCCUGGUCCUGGUGCUGGCCGCGUGGGCCCGCCAGACCAGCUGGGAGCUGCCCCAGUGAGCCCCCCUCGCCGACGCCAGGGCAACGACGAGCUUGCUGCGGACUGCCGCGUCUCGAGGCCACCCGGGGCUCCGCCGCUUCCCGACAGUACUGGUCGCAGGCCAGUCAUCAAUUACCAACAAACAUAGAUGUUUUCCAGUCUACAAACUUCAAUCUUAGCUCAACAAGUGAAAAAUUCCUUCAUAAAAAUUGCCCAAACAGUGGGUGUUACAAAACUCCUUAGAUGGCAGUCACGAUGACCACUGCAUAACGUCCACACAAACCACUAAGCUAUGCAAAGCUUAAGAAGGUUUUAACCACGGAUGCGGCCAAUACUAAUCCAAAUAUGCGACUCCCUGGGACUGCUUUGACCAACAGUCACCGGGUUAAGUGGCGAAAAAAAAAAAAAAAAUAUGGACAGUAGCUUACGUUUCCCAGGCAACAAUCUACACUUGGAUUAUGGCUUAUCCGAGACCAGUAAAUAACAAAAUGCUAACCGGCAAUGAUUAAUGACAGAAAUGCAAUUUUCUGCAAAAUUCUUCCCAACCAAACAAUGCUCAAGCCGAAACGCAGAUUUAAGAAUAAAUUUAUCAUCGGAAGCAUAGAUAACUCUGCCCACUACACAGAGAAUUAACGUCUUAAGACUACAAUAAGCAAGUGACCAGAUAUUACUCACUCAUGACAAUGUUACCACUUGAGAAAAUACUGUGUGUGCUGGUAAGGACUGCAAAGUGGCAUAAGAAUAUACUAUGUAUGUGAAAAUAUCCUAUUCUUUUCUACAUGUUUUUAUUAACUAGUGAAAAAUUGUUGCUUGAGUAUGAUGAACCUAUUGUAGAUUACAUCAACUCAUAAAGAACAUUUUGUUUAGUCUAAGUUUGGUUGACAAUAUUUGUGACUAUUUAAAACUUGUGUGUGAAAAAUGUAACUCUUCAAGAUAAUAGUGGAAAUGUGUUUGGUAGUCAUAAUCAUGACGCAUAAGCAUAUUAUGUUCUUAAUUUAUUAUUGUAUGUGUUUUAUGUAGGGUGUGUUAUUUUUCUGGGUUUACACAAAAACAUUAAUUAAUGUAUUAUUUUUGUGUCUGUGUGUAUUACUGAUCAGAAGAGACUCUUAAGACUGAGUACUCCAAGUGGCAGUCUGAGAAGUCAUACUUCUCUGCUACUCCGAGACCUGUCCCACAAGUUGUUUUUUGAAUAUUCAGUGUUUACACAACACUGCUGCCACCAACGAGGAUGUGGUAAGACUGUGAUGAUAUGUUACAAAAACGACAAAACCCAACUUGCAAAAGGAUCAGUUGGCUUCACAAAACUAAAGCUAUUAAUACAGUGAACUAAAUCCAGGAAGGAAUAUCAGAAUUUGUAAGAAACCUAAGCACAGAAUGUAGUCCUAAAGUCUAACUCAUAGGAGUGCACUAAUUUGAUAGUCCAGAGUAGUUCAGUGUCUGUUGUCCCGACAACACAAAUGUUUACCACUACAUUACACAUGUCUUUCGUUCCACUUGGCUGAUUGUAAUGUAAAAACAAAUACAUAGAUGUUACAAGUAAUAACAUUGCUGUAGCAUAUUUAAUUACCUAUACAGCAUGCAAAUGGACUAAAUAAACAAACUACACUCUUUCCAUUUUCAAAAAAAAAAUUUCUCAUCUCAGAUGCAGAAGAGAGGAAUGGAACACUUGUUUAAAUGUAACUUCAGUACACAACGUUUAGUGGUCAUCUGCAAGCCUGUUUCUUAGCUUUUAAUUUAAAGCUAAAUCAUUUUUAUUUCAACCUAAUGUAAUAUUUUUGGGUUAGGUGUUACGUUUGGACUUUCAUUUCAUUUCAGGGGGAAUUUUUAAAUAAAAAUUUUUAAGAAGAUGGUAUGAGCUGUUUCUAACGCUCACAUUAUAACAAAACAAAAAUGUUCAAUACGAAGCAAAAAUAACCACCUAAGCACAUAAUAUUAUAUUCAAUACUUGAAGCAAAAAAGUACCUCAUCUAUAUUCGAGAAACACAUUUUUAGGAAUAAAUAAAUAAAAAUAUUUCUCCUUUAACAGUUUCUCCAAUAUCAGACAACAAAUACUCCUAUCCCUCACUUAUUCAUGCAGUCAACUGACAUAAUUUUCAAAAUAUAGCAUAAUGUUUGAUUUUAUUUAUGAAAAUAUUACUACUCAAUGACUGUCAAAAAAAAAGUGCACUGUUUGUGAAUAGACUAGUAAAGAGAAAAAUUUGCAACCUGCAAAUCUAGUUUCAGCGAAAGAUCUGAACUCUCUGCCAAAAAACACAAACAGCCCAGGGCAAUACUGCCACGCAUCAACUCAGUGACAUCCAACAGCGUGAUGCUGUGUUAAUAAAGAAUGGUUUUCAGACUGAUUCUCAGAGGCAUAUCACUGAAGUCGCAAGGGGGUUAUGGAUAGUUAUUUAAACAGUCUACUACCCGGGGCAAGCCUUGAAAAUAACGAAAUAAGAUUUAAAAUGACGUUAAUGACGGUAGAUGCUGGAACACGAUGGUGAAGUCGACGAGGUGUGUAGGAACUAGGAAGCGUCCCACCCCGGGCAGCGGAUGAGAGAAACUGGGUGUCAUGGCAGCAGGAAGCAGUUGACUCACAGUUAGGCUGUUUAUAUUUCCGUGACAAAACUCAUUAAAACAGAACCUCUCGAGCACUGAAGAAUAAAUCACAACUUAUCAUUACGUAUUAACAACAUUUACUUGUAUUGGUAAUUAUUAAGUUAAAAAAAUAAACUGCCCACGUUGGGGUGCGUUCAGAAAAGUGUUUGUGCAUUGCACUGCACCGUCCAUAUUAGGGAUGAAAGAAAAUGACACUAGGGGGAUUAAAAUAAGUAAAAUUGUAAAUUAUAUUAAGUUAUUAUUUCAAGGGUGCAUGGGAGACUCUACUAACCUCCGCAGGGCGGACAAACACACUCUCUUGUUGCCGGAGGUUCGAACAGAAAGUGAUGACGAGAGGGGGGGCCUGAAGCGGGGCGAGGCACAUCGGGUAUAGCGAGGGCGUAGCGCCGGUCGACGUCAUCACGUUUGAUGCUAGUACUUCUUGACUACCUUGUAAGUAAUAAACAUAGGGUCUCAAUCUUGGGUUCUGAUCACUACAAACCCACAAACAACCCGUGUAGGAAUUAAAAAGCAUUUAAAAAAACUUCCAAAAUUCCUUAAAAACUGUGAACUAGAUGUGUAAUAUCAGAGCUAAAAGAACAUGUACUUAUGAAACACCUAACUUAAUUGAUCAACCACAGCAAAUUAGAUCUUUCAAACCAUCGAAAAAAUUAAAAAAAAUUACAAGCAUAUCGAUUGUUCAAAUUAGAGAUUACUAUGUACGAAAAAUCCCAAAAAUGUUUCAACCUUUUGGUGCUUCACUGACAACUUCUACUAGUACUGUAACCAUCCCCUAUUUUGCAGUACACUCACAGCGAAGUAUUGCUUCUACGAACGAGUUUGCAACUGACUGGCUCAUACAUACAACCAAUGUCAAUUCAACUGUCUGAAAAUGUGCUUACUAGUUUUGCUUUAAGUAGUUUGAAAAAAAAAAAAAAUAAUUUUUGAAGUGCUAACUUGGCAUAAAGGAACAUUAAUGUUAACAGUAAAAAAUAUUUUCUAUGUCAUCACUAAAGUUAAAGCUUCAAUUUUUUUUUCUUUCCAUUUCUGUACACAAUCUUCUAUGUUGAAUGUUUCCUUCACUUAUUUUCCUGUGUCCAACAAAUGACACAGUAAGUACCUCAUAGAAUAUGGGUGUUAUAUUUCCAGCUGUGUGUGUGAUGUAUCACUAAGCAUUAUUUUGUGUCUAUAUUUGUUAAAUUUACUAUUGAAUUUAUUUUCCAGCCAGAAUACAAAGAUAUAUGUAUGUUAAAA